UAGUAACCGAAAGGUUGCAAGAUCGAAUCCCCGAGCUGACAAGGAUUGUUCCUGUUUGGACUUGAAUGGGGUAUAUAGACUGCUGCAUCCUGCAGGUGAUGACAACACCAGACCGCUUGGCUCGACCACCACUGGCAGGGUUCAGUGAUGUGCUGAUCAAUUGUCAAUCCCUGUGGUUACAUCUGUGGGGGUUGAAAUAUUUUUGGGCUGGGUUGAAUGGUUUAUUUAAAAAAUAUAUAUAAUCAUGACUAAAUCUUGAGCAUUUCAGACAGGCUGAGAUUAUUUGGCAUUUCUAACUUUUCAUUUUGGUCGGUGCAGUCGAAUAUAAAUCCCGCCAGUUGGGAGGGUUUAUUAGUAAUUGCGUGUGAACAAACAGCUGACCUGUACCACUAGUUCAUAUGAUCAUUGCAUAAUCCUGACAUGUCAGUGUUUCUGAACAAAUGUACCACAAUGAAAUGAUUGUAUUACCUCAAUUGUGGGCCAAACUGCAUGAAAGUGACUUUCAAAUGUUGUCAAAUAAAAAUAAAUCCAUAAUUGAUUGUUUUUGUUUGUUAAAAAGAUGAUAGUGCAACAGACUUAAUCAAAUUGCUGUUACCCCCAAUGACCCAUGUACAAUAAAUGCGUUGGAGUACAGAGUAGUGUAAGUGUUUAAAGGUCAUAUUUGGGGGGAGACAGUUUGGCAACCCGGGCCUUUAAAUGAGUGCCAAUAAUACCUAUUUGACUGUCUAAUUGGACGGUUUAUUUGAAAAUGGCAGGGAAUAACGUUUUGCGACUAAGUCUUUGCGGUCUCGGGGGUAGAUAAUGCCACAUUGUGCAAAGUUAUUUAAUGCAUGAGCGGUAUGAACCAACCCGGUGGGGGCGCCUGUGAGGUGCAGAGCUCGAGCCGGUCCAGGAUUGGCCAAUGGAAUGCCACAGCUGUUCCUGGAUAAACUCAUGUUCCUCAUGGCGAAAGGGAUUCAGAAGGGCACACCAGGAAUCAAGAGAGCAGUGCGCCCCAAAACGGAACUUUUGCUUUUUAUGCGAGUGGCGUUUAACCUUUUAAGCAGAUACUACUUGGGCAGGUAGUCAUUGAUAUAUAAAUUAAUUUAAACGGAGGAUAACCAUACCGAUAUAAUUGAUUGUACAAUACAUUGGAUUAUUACGUCUGACUUGACAGUGGACCAAUUGUUUACAUCAGUUCAGUGGAAAGCAUCUGGCUGGCAGAGGAGACCCAACAUAACCAAAUUAAACCGCAGUUGCUGAAAAUGUUCUCUACGAAUGGAUGUCUGGCUGUGUGUACAGUUAUAUUUAUUCUGCUGUCAUCAAGUGAGGCUAGAGGUCCACCGUGGGUGAGUCGUCAGGUGGAAGAGCGUCAGACGGCCAGGCUGGGGCGGACGGUGCGGCUUGCGUGCCCCGUAGAGGGUGACCCUCCUCCCCUGGUGCUGUGGGUGAAGGAUGGGCGUAACGUCCACCCGGGCUGGAGCCGCUACCGGGUGCUAAAAAAGAGCCUGAAGAUCAAAGAGGUGGAGCUGGGGGACGCGGGGGUGUACAUGUGCCGUGUCACCAACGGCUUCGGAAGUAUCACUCUCAACUACACCCUCAUCGUCAUGGAUGACACAGCAGCGAGCCAGACAGACGCUCCACCUGCCAUAGUGGAACCCAAUGCUGAGCUCACCCAGCUUGACCCUACAGGAGAGCCCUGGGUAAAGCCUCGGUUUAGUCAGCCCACUAAGAUGCGCAGGCGGGUGCUGUACAAGCCGGUGGGCAGCUCAGUGAGGUUCAAGUGCCAGGCCAGCGGCACCCCUCCUCCCGUCAUCACCUGGUGGAAGGACCAGACCCCGCUGCCACCCCCGCGCCAGGGCAAGCGCCCCCAGUGGACCCUCACCCUAAAGAACCUGCAACCCCAGGACAGUGCCAAGUACACCUGCCAUGUCUCCAACCCAGCCGGGCACAUCAACGCCACCUACAAGCUGGAUGUCAUCGAGCGCUCUCACUGCAAGCCUGUUCUGACCGGCACCCACCCGGUCAACACCACUGUGGAGUAUGGUGGCACCGCCUCCUUCCAGUGUAAGGUCCACAGUGACGUGAAGCCUGUGGUCCAGUGGCUGAAGAGGGUUGACCCAGGCACAGAGGACCGCUAUAACUCCACCCUGGAAGUCGGAGGGCAGCAUUUUGUGGUUCUGCCCACAGGGGACGUGUGGUCCCGGCCUGACGGCUCCUACCUCAACAAGCUGGCUAUCAUCAAGGCCCAUGAUGGGGAUGCUGGGAUGUACAUUUGCCUGGGAGCUAACACAAUGGGUUACAGCUUCCGCAGUGCUUAUCUCACCGUGCUGCCAGACCCUCAGGUGGAGAACACAGUGACUCCUCCACACCUGAGCUCCGGCCUGCCCUGGCCUCUGAUUAUUGGCAUCCCUGCAGCAGCCCUCCUCAUCGUAGGCACCAUUGUACUCUGGCUGUGCCACAGCCGCCGACGCCACAACACCUUGCCCCCCCGCCCCAUGACCAUAGCCCACCGAGACCAACACAUCUCGGACAAAGAGCCCAGCACCAACACCCCCUGUAAUACCCUGAAUAGCCCUGACUACCCCAGCCAUAGACUGGUGGGCCUGGGARCCCCUGUCCUUAGUGGGCCCCCUAAGAUUUACUCCAACGUUUACACAGACAUGCACUCGCACACACACUUGGAUGGUAAGGUCCAUCAACACCAGCAUUUCCACUACCAGUGCUAACCAGCCCCCUCUCAUCCCACAACACACCUACGGCCUUGUUUCCUAGCCACUGCUGCUAUUCUCACCCAACAAUGGACUAUGAGCAAGGUAGAUGGAAACAAGGAAAGGCUUGUAGUUCAUAUCAUGGGAGGUGUAGUUCAUAUGAACUACACCUCCCAUGAUAAGCAGUGCUAAAACACCAUACAGUGUCAAAACCUUUACCUGGGAUACGCAUAUUACUAAGACUAUUUCUAUUUGUAGAAAUACAGCUUCAUUGAGAAGUCUCAGGGCGAGAAAUACCCUCUCACAUGUGUGCUAGAGUCAUUUCUUUAUUAUGUUUUUUUAUACUAGUCAACCAAGAGCAAASUCUAAUUGUAUUUUAAAGGAUGAAAAUUACUUACAAAAAAGAUUUAGAUGUCUUUGGAUGCAUGUAGCCCUGGAUAAAUCAUGAAUUAGUUAAUAGGAGAAAUUACCAGGUUUAGGUUCAAUUUAGGUCAACUGAAAUUUGAUUAAAGGUAUUCCAAUUUACACAAAUGAACAUUUCUAAUAGAAUUAAUCCCAACUCUGGAAUGUACAAUUGUAUYACUAUUUUUUAACACUCAUCUAAACAUGUACCGGUAUCCAAACUCCCAAAGCAUUAAGUAAUAUAAGAAACUUUUAAGUUUGUGUAAAUUGGAAAAUGUAACUCUGACAAAUUAAAAUCUCAACAAAAUGUUUACAAAUGUGAAAGCUUUUCUAUUCUCAUUAUAGCAGCACAAACUGUGCUGUUCUCGGUUCUGAUUAGGUGGUAUUAUUGUUUCAUGUAGGGAAGUACAAUUCAUCAGGGAAAUUAGAUGGAUUUGGUGAUGAGGGCUUUUUUAUUUUUGUAUUCAGAUAUUGUAUAAUAUGUAUCCAACUAAAAAAAUCAGUAUUAUUAGGAGUAGUAUUAUUCACCCUAUGUGUAAGAUGCCAAAUUAUUUUACAGCGCUAUAGAUGUGUAUUUUACUUACAUUUCUUGUGAGGUAUAUUUUUAUAUAAGGUACAUGAGGAUGAGUAUUGUACCUGUGUCUAUUGGUUUUUAAAACUCACCAAAAAGCUAUUUAGUUGUUUUUACUUUAUUCUUCUAUUUUUCUUUUGGUAACCACCAUUAUUCCAGAUUGGAUUGACCUAUGGGUCAUUUAGUGAAAAUGACAAGUGUUGAUUGUAUUGUUCAGUUGAAUUACAACWUUAUGCUUGCCUAGUUGUCUCAUAUUUAAUUAAGAAUCUGACCAUAUGUAUACUGUAUAUAAGAUAAUGAUUACAAAGAAAAUGUGGUUUAGAAUUGCCAUGUUAAUCUUAUGCAAUUCCUCUGUGAAACAUUGCAUGCUGCAAACUCACCUCUGGUGCUCAUGUACAUUUAGUACUGUACAAUAAUAUUUUUGUAAUAAAUUGUUUUU